AUCCAGGGUUUGUUGUUGUUUUGAUGUACAGCUGAGCCAGACUGAUGAAAAUACGUCUGACAGUGACAGAAGAAAAAAACAGUUAGCCUGCAUUCAGCGGAAUAUUUACUAUUUAGCUGUGCAGAUUUGAUAUCUCAAUUGAACCACAACAAUAAUGGGAGGAGCUGUGAGUUCAGGCUCCGAUAAUAAUGAUCUUGUUGAUAAUUUGGUGGAGGCAAAUUAUAUAAAAAGUCCUGAUGUAGAACGUGUUUUUAGAGCCGUAGACAGAGCUGAUUACUACCUAGAAGAACAUAGAGAAGGUGCAUAUAAAGAUCUUGCAUGGAAACAUGGACAUAUUCACAUGUCGGCACCAUGUAUAUAUUCUGAGGUUCUAGAAUCCCUUCUACUACAACCAGGAUUGUCAUUCUUAAACCUUGGAAGUGGCACUGGUUACCUUAGCACCAUGAUUGGUCUUAUAUUGGGUCCGUAUGGUGUAAACCAUGGUAUUGAGAUACAUGAAGAUGUGGUACAAUAUGCUAGAGAAAGAUUGGAACAUUUUAAAAAGACUAGUACAUGUUUUGAUGAUUUUGACCUCUGUGAACCACAAUUUGAAACAGGCAAUUGUCUACAAUUGGUACCAGGCCAACUGUAUGAUAGGGUGUAUUGUGGUGCUGCUUGUCCUCAGGAACAUGAGAAUUACAUGAAAAAUCUGAUUUCAAUCAAUGGUAUACUUGUCAUGCCUUUGAAUGACCAGCUACAGCAAAUUCGCAGAACAGGAGAUACUACAUGGGAAGUCAAGAAUGUUCUUCCUGUCUCAUUUGCUUCAUUGGUAAUUCCAAAUACAGAUUCUGCUGUGACGUCAGUGGAACUUCCCUGUUCUCAGUUCUUGCCACUAAAAGCAGCAUGCCGAUUGUCUAUCAGAAGAACGAUCAGGACUAAAAUACAUCUUGAUUAUCCAGAAUUGACUAAAGUAAACAAACAAAAGAAAAAGAAAAUCAAAAGUUCAAGCCGCAAAAGAAGGAUCAACAUCGUGCCUAUGAAUAUGGGAAUGAUGAUUUUACGUCAGUAUGAUGACAGUGAGGAGAGUGAUGAUGAUGGAUUUAGUCGUCAAUUACGUAAUUUGCGCCAAUCACAUCCGCGUGUAGUAGAAGAAGAUAGUGGUGAGCAUUCCGAUCAUGCUGAUGAAAUAGACAAUAACAUCUCAGAUCUUGAAAUGACAAAAUCAGAAAAUUCCAAGGAAGUUCACAUUGCAAAUCAAAAUGAAUCCAAAAGCAAAGAAGAUGCGAUUGAUAAUGUAAAAGAUGUUGAUGAAAUGGGAGAAAGUUCAUCAAAUAUCAAAUGGCAGUAUCCAUCGGUUAGAAUUGACAGAUCAGAACCAGAUUCAACAGAAUUCGGAGAAAAAGCACAGAAAUUUAAUGAUAACCAUUGUUGUCAUUCUCCAGCCAACCAGUCCAGUGAAUGUGCUCAAUCUACUAGCAAUGGAAAGAUUGCAGAAAACGGACAUUCAAAAUGCAAAAAUGUCAAGUCUGUUUCAACUGAUGAGUCAGAUGAUGAUAAUAUAGACUUUGACAUACUUGAAAUGUUGAAUCGAAAUAGAUCUGUCAUGCGCAGUUUAAGCCCUCCACGAAAAAUCAGAUAUUCCUCGAAUACAAGUGCAGACACAUCAGAAACCUCAGGGUUUGGAUCUUUAGGUGACGAACCUUCAGAAGUUGAUUCUUGUCACAGCAGUGACAAACCAUCACCGAGUAGUAGUGUUGGGGAUGAAGGGAUGGAUUGUACAGAAGAGGAAAUACCACCACCACAACCACCUAAAGAUAAUAUAUGCACCUAUAUGAAGGGAAGAAUAAAUGAACUACCCAUUCCUGCUACACUCAAAUCAUAUCUCGUCUAUUACAGACAAUAACUUGCAAAUUAACAGUAUACGCCUUGUAAUUUUUUUAAUGUUUGCAAAAUUAUAACUUAGUUUUAAGCUGCAGCCGGUGUGUGUGUAUUAAUGGCUGACUAAAUAUUAUUGCAUUUCUGAUCAUCUGAUCAUAUAGUUUCAUGUACAUUUACCAUUAACCGAUGGUUUGGAAUAUAAGUGACCGUAAAUAACAGUGAUUUGCAGUGUGGUCCUUUUUGAUAAGAAAGACUUGUUUUGUUAAGAAUGAUAAAGUUCUAUAUAUUUGACUUGUUGAUAUCCGUAUACUGUUAUGGGCCAAUUGUUCGAUUUUUGUGAUUAUGUUUUGAUGUGACCAAAGUCAGCUUGUGUCUUUUUUUCUAUUUAUAGUUUGUUUUGAGAGCCAUGCUUUAAAAUGUUUAGUUCAUCUGACAGAAAAUUUCUUGAGACCAUGUAAAUAGGCCUUGUGAUUUUAAAUCAAUGCAGAUUGUUGUAGGAUUUCGUAAAAAGAUAAUAAUAAAAUACUGUUUGGGGUCAAGAUCAGACUAGCCAGAAUGCUGUUAGGAGGGAUAUUAGGUCACUUGUCUGUUUACUGCAAAUCCAAAACGGAAUAAAAUUUUUGUUGUUGUUUAUUACAAAUUUAAUAUCCAGAUAUAUUGUAUUAAAAGUUAAAAUUGUAAUAAACAACAACCAAAGGAUUUAAUAGGUACCAGUAGCUAGUCCUGUCUAAUGGUUUUUGGCUUUGUUUCGAUUUACUCGUGUCAUGGUUUGGCUUAGUACCUUACUUCUUUUAGUAACAAUAUAAGGAUCUUUUACUGUGAUUUUUUUGCAAACAAAACAGUAGCCAUACAUGAUAAACAAUACUGUAUUCAAACUAAUAAUCAGUAAAAAAAUAAAAUGAUGUAAAUAAAUAACUAGAGCAAAACAAAACAUAAACAUGAUAUAUCAAUUCUCAGCUGAGAUAUAAAGAAAAGGUAUCAUAUAAAAACUGGGAACCAAAUAACUAUGUAAAUUUGAACCAAGAUAAACAAAUUCAUUGCAUUUAGUUGAAACAUUUCAAGUAUAUGUACUUAAAAAAAAAAUAGAAAAUAAUUAUUUAUUUUUUUGUCAGUUAGCGUGAGGUUGGGUGGCCUAAUGGUUUAACUGUAUGUGCGUUAGAUCAAAAGGUCUGUCAUUGAGUCAAAUGGCAUGGCUUUGAUUCCUAGUUUGUGUCAAGUGGAUGUUAAACCCCAUAUCUCUCUCUCUCUCUCUCUCUCUAGUCGGUUAUCAGAUCCCACACAAUAAGAUUGCAACACAAAAUCUUGUUUGAUCAUUUCUCAUGUAUUGUUUAUUGAUAAGUCUAAAACAAUUACAUAAUGUCAUUAUUUAAUCCUUAUAUAUAGCCUAUAUAUAGUUCUAGUCAUACUACUUUGUAUUGUUUACACUAUUACAGCAUUAGGGAUGGUUCAGUCAUCAACAGACAACUGAUUAAUUCCUAUCUUAUUGUAAGCAUAUGAAGAGUUUGUUUCUCAAAUGUGACAGUAUCAAUUAUCAGAUUUUUACAGGAAACCACACCCCGGCAAUACUAUACAAUAAACAAAAUAGGUUGCGUAUGUAUUAUAUUGUAAAAGUUAUUUUAAUGACUACCACAAUGCCUAAACUAGUUAGGAUGGAGACAUUUUCCAAUUUAGUAUCAAACUUAAGAUGGAGGUCGCUUACGAUUCGAUAAUUGCAAAUUAGUAAUUACUUAUAAAACCUUCCACAUAAAAUUUAAUUGAUAUGAAGAAAAAAUUAUUGUCAUUAAAGUGAAUUUGCCCCAUUUUGGAAACAAUCUCAUCAUACAUUAAUUAAUUUAAAAGUAUUCAGUUGAAAUUUAGCAGUUUAAAAUGAAAACUUUGUAAAUAAACAGACCAUGUCUUUCAAUGUUUGUAGUGUUCUUCUGGAGUGAAAGAAAAGUCUUACCUUGAUGCAAGAAGGUUCAUGUACAUAAAAAUUAUACCAUAAAAGAUAAUAUAUAUAAUAUAAAAGAUAAUAUAUAUCAUAUAAAUGAAUAUAAGUUUAAAGAUGCAUUAUGUAAGAGGUAAAUCUGCCUAUUGCAGGACUUUUUUCUAGCUUCAAAUGUUACAUAAUUUUCCGUCCGUCUGCCUGUCCGUCACACUUUUUGGGACACAGUAACACUCCUUCUAAUUGAGGUAGAAUGUUCAAACUUGGUGUAGGUGUUUAUUAGGUCAAUGCUUUGAUGGACUGCAAAGAUGAGCAUUUUCUGCUUAGGGUAAGCAGAGAUAGCAAUUUGAUUGGUUGAUGCUUUGGGACACGAUGACUUUAGUUCUAAUUAAGUGAGAAUGAUAAAACUAGGUGGAUAGUUUCAUUACAUCAGUACCUUGACUAAGUUCGAUAAUGAGCAUUUUCUGCUACGGGCAAGCAGAGCGAUAAGCAAUUUGAUUGGUUGAGACUUUGGAACACAAUACCUCUCCUAUAAUUGAGGCAGAAUGUUCAAACUUGAGCGAUAAGCUAGACAACUUUGAUUCUAUUUGAGUGAUAGUGGUGAAACUUCGUGUAUAGUUUCAUUACACCACUAUCUUAACAAAGUUUGAUGCUGAACAUCUGAUUGGUCAAGACUUUAGAACACAAUAACUCUCCUUCUAAUUGAGGCAGAAUGUUCAAACUUCGUGUAGGUGACUAUUAGGUGAAUGCCUGGACAGAGUUCGAUCAUGUGCAUUUUCCUUUUAAGCUAAGCAGAGAUAAGCAAAUUGAUUGGUUGAGACUUUGGAACAAGAUAACUUUGGUUCUAAUCGGGUGCGAUGAAACUCUGAGUAUAGAUUCAUAAUAUCAAUACCUUGACUAAGUUCGAUAAUGAGAAUUUUCUGCUUAGGCUAAGUAGCGAUAAGCAAUUUAAUUGGUCAAGACUUUGAAACAUAACAACUCUGCUUUUAAUUGAGGUAGAAUGUUUAAACUUGAUGUAGAUGUUCAUUAUGUAAAUGUCUUGACUGAGUUCAAUGAUUAAAAUGUUUUAGCUGAAUCUAAGCAGAAUUUUAAGCAAUUUCAUUGGUUGAUGCUUUGGGACAAGAUAACUUAGAUUCUAACUGAUGGAGAGUGAUGAAACGUAGUGUUAGUUUCACUACCAGGUACUUCUAAACCUUGACUGAGUUUGAUGUGAACAGUUUAUGCUAGACUAAGUAUAGAUAAUCAGUUUGAUUGCUUGAUACUUUUGUAAGCGAUAAAUUUUGGGAUUUCAGCGGAAGACAUCAGCCUCACGGAUGGCUUGUUUAUAUUUAGACAUUUAUUCACAUGACAAGUCUAAAAUCAACUCUCUAGGCUAUUGGAUGGCUUAGGUAUUUAAUGCACUAUAACAUCCUUGCCACUGAAAUUUUCAUUAUCUAUUUUUUUAACUAUUAUAGCAAGAAUGAUCAGCUCUUUAUCUAAAUCUUACAUAAUGCAUCUUUAAAGAUUUGAGACUGCCUCUUAUAUAAUCGUACUUUGGGGGCAGAACCGUUUACAUGUACAGGUAUAAAUAAUAUUUUGGAUUAUGUAAAUUACAAAUGUAUAUCUAUCUAUAUUUAAUUUGUUAUAAAUUAUAUCUUUAUUUAAUUUCUGUAUUAAACUUAUGUUCUUUAAUAUUUUACAAAUUAUUGGCUUUUUUCAGCAUUCUGUCUCAGAUAUAAUUGCAUUUUUUUUUUCUUUUGUUCAUACAGGCAUUUUCUUAGAUACUUGUUAGGUGAAGGUAAUAUUUUUCUUUUUGAAUUGCGUUUGAUCUUUAAGUUAUAUUUAAUCUUAGAAGAACUUGAUUUAAUUUUUAUGACAUCAAUGAUUGUUCUCUUUUCCGUUAUUGAGUAGUGUAAAUUUUAACUACUGUAAGUAAGAGGAAUAUGAUUAUUCACAGCCUUAUUAUAUCCAUUUCAAAUUUAUUUUGAAGACUUUUAGUUAAUUAUUAUAAAACCAGUAUGACAAAUUUAAAGCAUGUCUAACUAAGUUGCAUUUAUCAUGUAUUAUUACAAAAGAUAUUUAACUAGAUUAAUAAUGUAUAUAGAACUUAAAGCUUUACUUUUUGACUUAUUGUGCUAUAUAUAUAUUAGUAGUAUUUUGUGCCAUAAUUUGAUGUGUAUAUUUUGAUCAUACAAUGAUGAAGACAUUUAUUUACAUUUCUGUAAAUGUAUAAAUAAUCUUCUGUGAUUUUUGUUUUAUUAAGUACAAUAAUAAACAUCAAUGUAAAUCACAA